GGUCUCCAGGUCCCCGGAAAGUACAGUUAUAAGUACAUCCUCUAUAGGAUGUUGAGCCGGAGAAGGGACAUGCGCAGAGCGAGUGCGCCGAAAAUGUUUACGUUUUGAAUUUGACGGUUGGGAGAACCAGAGAAAAAGCAUUGCUUCACUAACACAGUAAGUGUUGGUACACCAAAAAAAUCGGCCCAUCUAGAAUGGCGAAGCACCCUCAGCCCCAGAAUCCCGACCCCGAAGGGAUGGAAGUUGACGGGAACGAGCCUCCGACCUACGACUCAGACGAGGAGGGAGGAAUUAGAAUAGACGAAGAUAUUUACAUCCCUCCACCCCCUAAAAAGCUCACCGAGCACUCCAGCAGUGACCCCCGCCUGAUAAUCUCCAAGAUUAUCAACAAAAACUUCAAAAGUUACGCAGGAAGCGUCGAGAUAGGGCCCUUUAACGUUUGCUUCUCUUCAAUAGUGGGACCCAAUGGCAGUGGCAAGAGCAACGUCAUCGACUCCAUGCUCUUCGUGUUCGGUUACAGAGCGACUAAAAUCCGUUCCAAGAAAGUCUCAUCGUUGAUCCACUCAUCGAAUGAGCAUCCCAACUGCUCGAGCUGUACAGUCUCUGUGCACUUUCGCAAGAUCAUCGACAAGCCGAACGAAACCUACGAGGAAGUCCCGGGAAGUGAGAUCAUCAUAUCUCGCACAGCCUUCAAGGACAGUUCCUCCUUCUACGAAUUGAAUGGACGAAAGGUCCAAUUCAAGGAUAUUGCCAAGCUGCUGAGACAAGAGGGUGUCGACCUCGAUCACAAUCGUUUCUUGAUUCUCCAGGGUGAGGUGGAGCAGAUUGCCCUUAUGAAGCCCAAAGGACAGAACGAGAAUGACACAGGAAUGCUGGAAUUUCUCGAGGACAUAAUUGGCACAACGAGGUACAAAGAACCACUUGAAAAACUUGUCACCAAGGUCGAGAUAAUGUCCGAACGAGUUGUGGAGAGAACGAAUCGUGUGAAAAUGGCGGAGAAAGACAGAGACACACUAAAGGAGCCAAUGCAGGAGGCUGUGGCUUAUUUACGGAUUGAAAAUACAAUUACUACAUUGCAACACAAGUUGUAUUACUGUAAAAAAGUCGACACUCUGGCGGUUAUUAAAGAAAAAGAGGAAUCCCACAAAGAAUUGGAGAGUGAUAUAAAUGAUUUAAAGACCGAGAUGGGAAAGGUACACGAGGAAAAAGACCAUCUGGCGACGGAAUUAAAGGAGAAAUGUAAGAAGUGGGAUUCGAUACAGGCGAAACGAGACGCAGCAGCUGGUAAAUUCGAGGAGAUCAGGAAGAAGGACGAGGCCCUGCAUGCAGAGCUCAUUGAAACCAACAAGAGAAGAAAAUCAAACAUAUCCACUGUCAAACUAGAGCAGAAUAAACUAGAGGAGCUGUCAAAAGUUCCCGAAAAAAAUGCAGCGGAGAUCGACGAGUGUGAGGUCCUCAUCAAGAGACAGGUCUCCAAGAAGGAGAAGGAGGAAGAGCAGUUGCGAGAGCUGAUAGGUUCUUUAAAAGAGAAAACCGAGCCCCUGAUGAAGAACCGAGCAGAGUUGGAGAAGAAACUGAUCGAUUACAGGAGGAACGUCAACGAGGCUAAGGCCAAGUUCGAUUUAGCUGAGUCUGAACUUCAGAUCUACACGUCAGUCGAACAGACGGAGCGAGAAAAGCUGGAGAAGCUGAAGGAGACCCUGCAGAAUGCUGCCGAGACUCUGCGAGACAGAAAGGAACAGCUGGAAGUCUUCAAGAAAAAAAUCCCGAAGACAGAGAAGAGUCUGAAAGACGCGAGCACUGAGCUUGCUGAAGCCAAAGCACAGGAAUUAAAUGCUGCUACCAAUCUCAAGCGCAUGAGACUCCAGUUUGAAGAGCAGAGGUCAGCAAUGAAUGCCUCCAAGUCGCGAAGUGCAGUCCUGGAUUUUCUCAUGCAGAAGAAGCGCGAGGGUCAAUUGCCUGGAGUUAUUGGACGGCUUGGAGAUCUGGGGGCUGUCGAUGCUAAGUACGACAUUGCUGUCUCCACUGCCUGUGGGCCACUGGAUCACAUUGUCGUUGAUACUGUUGACACUGCCCAGAAGUGCAUCGAGUCCCUUCGCAGGGGGAAUGUUGGCCGGGCUAAUUUCAUUCCCCUGGAGAAGCAGCAGCACUUGGUGGAGGUUUACAAGCAGAGACUGAAUACACCGGAGAACGUUAUCAGGCUGUUCGAUGUCAUCAAGGUCGAGGAUGAGAGGAUCCUCCCGGCGUUCUACUUUGGCCUGAGGAAUACCCUACUCGCUGGAGAUUUGGAGCAAGGUUCCAGGAUCGCUUAUGGUGCACAACGGUGGAGGGUUGUCACCAUUCAGGGACAGUUGAUCGAGACCUCGGGGACGAUGAGCGGCGGAGGGCGGCCGGCCAAGGGUAGGAUUGGACAGAAAGUUGUUAGAAACGAGCCCUCGACUGCUGAUAUCGAUAAGCUACAGGGGGAUCUUGACAGAAUCUACGAGGAGUGCAAUAGAUUGAGAAUGAAACAGCCACCGCUCGAGGAGCAGAUCAGAGUUCUGACACCGGCGCUCGAGGAGAUGACUCUCAAUCGUGAUAAAUUUGAGAUCGAAGUGCAAACGAUUCAGGAACAGGCGCCCUCACUGAAGCAACAGCUCAAGGCCCAGGAAAAGAGGGUCAUCGAGGCUAAAUCCAGUCCUGAGAGGGUUCGCGAGUUGACGAAAGCUGUGGACAAGGCUCGAGGAAGACUAGAGGAGACUCAGGCUGACUCACAAUCCACUGAACAAGCUGUUCAACGUAUCAACGAGGAGAUCGAAGAGUUGUCUGGAGGGAGGGUCAAAGAGCACCAAAAGAAGAUAUCGGAUUUAUCGAAGGCUAUCGACAAAGCUCGGAAAGAGAUCUGCAGACUUCAAGUCGGUAUUAAGAGCUCUGAGAGAGACACCCAGAAGACGACUCAGCGAAUAGAUCAGCUGCAGGCUGACAUCGAAAUGUGUCAGAACAGGCUCAAGGAGAUUCAGGUGGAAAUUCAGGGCUGCGAGGAAGAAGCCAAGGGGGUCAUCGAUGAGAUGAAACAGCAUGAAACGGCUCUCGAGGAACGGGAUAUAGCUGGAGCGUCGUUGAAGGAGAAAAUAAAUAAACUUCAGGAUCGAGAAAACAAAAUGAAGGCCACGAAAAUUGAUUUGGAUCAGAAAUUCAAGACUAGUAGUAGCACAAUGGCUGAACUGACGCAGAAGAUCGACAAGUAUGAACGGAGCAUCAAGGCCCUCAAACUCACCGACAUUCCGGACGAACCCACAGAAGAACUUGCCGAUUACACUGAUGAGGAGAUCUCCAAUUUCGAUACCAGAACUGUCGCUAAUAAUCUUGCUGCUGCGCAAGAGAGACUUCCCCAAGAGAUACCCAACAUGCAAACUAUCAAAGAUUAUCUGGAGAAAGACAAGGUCUUUAUGGAGAGAUCUGCACAGCUGCAGGAGGCCACCACUGCUAGAAAUCAAAUGAGGAAUGCCUACGACGAAGCAAGGAAGAGGAGAGCUGAGGAGUUCCACGCGGGCUUCAACGUCAUCACAACUAAGCUGAAGGAGAUGUACCAGAUGAUCACUCUGGGAGGAGCCGCUGAGCUGGAGCUCGUCGACUCAUUGGAUCCAUUCACCGAGGGCAUCACCUUCAGUGUUAGACCUCCUAAGAAGUCCUGGAAGAAUAUCAGUAAUUUGAGUGGUGGUGAGAAGACGUUGAGCUCACUGGCUCUCGUUUUCGCCCUUCACCAUUACAAACCUACUCCUCUUUACUUCAUGGACGAGAUCGAUGCAGCACUGGACUUUAAAAAUGUCUCCAUCGUCGGCCGCUACAUCAAGGAUCGAACGAAAAAUGCACAGUUUAUUGUCAUCAGUCUUAGAUCGGAGAUGUUUGAACUUGCGGAUGCUUUGAUCGGAAUUUACAAGACGUUCAAUGCCACCAAGAGUGUUCCAGUUGAUAUGCAGAGGGUCUACAAUGCUCAUCCAGUGAUUGAGGAGAGGGAAAGAGCGAAAGUUACGGAGAUACGCCUUCGGAAAGGUUCACUUAGUCAGGUUGGUGUGGCUAUUGAACGAAAAUCCACGAAUAGAAUUCCCCUGACGUGUCCUGCCGCUCUGGAGAACAUUGAGGAUAACAGAGAGAACCUGGCACCUACCGAUGUAGACUUGAAUGAAUCAUUGUUUCCAUUACCAGACCCUCCAGCUUCUGCCCUGACCCGGAGGUCUCUGGGAGGUGACACUCCUCUUACAACGCGACGAUCUCUGAGAGAGACUAACCCCUAAAUUUAUAUUUUCAUUUUUUUUCGGUGAGGGGAAUUCGAAGGUCAUUGAUCUCAAAUUUCUACCGUAUUCAUGGACACGAGUUCUUCUAGUUUUAAGAAAGAGUUUAAUAAUUAGGUGAAGAAUUGAAAGAAUUUCUAUUGGUCAAGAUAGUAGUGCAAACAGAGCAGGGAAGUAAAGUUCAAAUGUGACGUGCCACAAAUCGAAACACAAUCAUUAUAAAUUAAUAAAUGCAAGGGUUUUUCAUUUUGCAAUCGAUGGAGGAGCAAGAUGUGAUUUUAUCUUAACAUGACGGAAUUCUUCUAGGUAAUGGAGUAUUAGUGAAAUAAGUGGAAUUAUGACAAUAAAGAAAUGUAUUAACUAAAUAAGA